AUGGGCGAGACAGAUUCAAUCCAUCCUCUUCAGGAAGGACAACUUGGAGGGCUGUCAUUGGCAAUGGACUCCGAGAUCCUCGAGAGAUCCCAUCGACAAAUCGCCAUCUAUAUGGCGGGGUCGGCACAGCCUCAGCAAAACCCGGCCGGCAACAACGAAACCGGUGGGACGUCGAAACCCCCAGCACAAGCCAUGGCGGAGUUAGCGGCGGAGGUCGCCAGCCUUAUGGCGACCGCUGUCACGUCCGAGAAUCAAGAGUCUAUCAACGCCGAGCUAGCAAAGCUGCGGGAGGCCAUGGCAAACGCACAGCGGGACAUGGAAGCAGAAGCCGCCAGGGUAGAGACGCAGCAGGCUGCAAUCGCAGCGGAGACGGAGCGGUUGAACACCGAAGUCCAAAUCGAAUCUGUACGAGGGGGAAAAACUCGCUGCCUCGCGGUACUCCGCCGCCGCCUCCGCCCACCUCCAGCCACGCACCGCGUGCCGCCGGCCACCUCCUGCCAUGCCCCGCCCUCCCCCGCCUCACUGCGCGUCGCCGGGCAUCUAAACAACGCCCCCGUGCCCCCACCUUCGACCCUCACCAACCACCGCCCUCUCUACCAUCAUCGGGCGCCACCAGCGACCACCCACCCACCCACUCGCGCCGAUCUCGGCGACCCACGCUGCCGGUGCCCACGCUGCAUUCCGGGGCGGAGGCGCUGCUGCGGCGGCUGCGCCACUCCAAUCUGGGCGUGGUAUGGGCGGUCGCGCUCGUCGGGGCGGUCGCGGGCUGAGCUGCGCAGGCCGGCCGUGCUCACGUGCCACAGCCAGGUCCUGCUCGCCGCUGCGGGCGCCAUGGGCGGCGUCCGGUGCACCGCCUUCUUCAGCCUGCGGCCCCUGGUGGAGCUGGCCGGCGAGACCUGGGUCGAGCCCGAUCCCUUCAGCCUCUGCGUCGCCGAUGGCCACGUCCUAACCGCCAUCGCGCAGCUCCUACGUGCCAUGGGCGCGCGAGUCCACGGCGGGCGCGGCCAGGGCGUCCUCUUCCUCUGCGUCGACUACGUGGAAAACUACGAGGCGAACGUGCCCUUCCGCGCGCUGGACGCCGUGGGAUGCCGCCUGGAGGCGGCGUGCCCGACGAAGCGCAAGGGCGAGGCGUGCGUCACGGUGAUCUACGAAGACGUCGCCGGCGCAGCCCCCGGCACGGUGAGCGACGAGAAGCGCGAGCAUAACUUCGCGAUGACCGUGGACUGGGCCGACAUUGACGUCGACGACUACGAGUGCGUGGUCGUGCCCAACGGCCGGUCGCCGGAGCUGCUGGUGACCAAAGAGGAGGCGGUGGCGCUGGUGGCGAAGUUCGCCGCCAAGGGGGAGGUGGUCGGCAGCAUCAACCAGGGCCACCUCGUCCUCGCCGCGGCGGGGCUCCUCAAGGGCAAGAGGUGCGCGGGCAGAGUGCCCAUGAGGGUGAUCUCCAACCUCACCGGCGCGGUGGGCGUGGAGCCUGAAGGGGCGGUCACCGACGGGAAGCUCGUGACGGCGGCGAGCUGGCCGGACCUUGCCGAGUUCAUAGCUCACCUCGUGGAUCUCUUGGGCAUCACCGUCUCCUUCUGAAUCUGAAGAUGCAAUGCAUCUUCUCCUCCGUCUGUAAUAACUUGAGUGUGAACACUGAUCACUGUCACACUCUGCAGAGUUCAGAUAUUGUCCACGAGCUGUUAUUAAUGACGCGAAUGGCCAUAUGGUUCCUGUUAAUGAAC